GGCGAGGGGGCGUGCCCGCGGGCCGUCCCGAAGGUGGGCCGGGCAGCGCGUGGAGGCGAGCGGCCGCGGGGCAGAGCAAUGGAAAUGACAAGACAGAGGCAUUCUCUCUUUGACAUUAUGUUGGACAUCCUGGAAUGCUUUCUUAUGCAGGCUCAGCUCUUGCCACUAUACGUACAACCUCCAUGUCUUCUUCAGCCCCAGCCUGGGCAUAGCGAUGGGUCAUUGCGGGCAGAGAGAGAACAUUGCAGCUGAUAGCUCUGCUGGUUGGCUUUGGACGUGAUACGGCACAACUGCUCCACAGCUGCAGAGAAGAAUGAUUGGAGCCUGGUUUAGGAAAGAGAACAUCCCUGCUUCCUCUACCAAAUCUGACUUCAGCGAUGUUUGAACUCUUCAAAGGUACUUAACUCAUGUAAAGAUGGAAGGAAAACACUGGAAAAGACAUUACUUCUUGAUAUGUUUCAUAUCUUUACAACCAUGCUGAAUUGAAGCUGUUCAGGGCUGCAGCUACAGAAGUUCUUCAUUCACAAGAGAAAAGAGUAUGCACUCCAGAGGUGACCACCAUAACAUGCUGAUAAGCACUGUAACUCUUCCAGAAGGCUUCGCCACAUUCCUUGAAAACGCUGCAAAUCAGACGCAAACAGAAUCUUCACCUUCAACUCCCAACACUGUGUCACCAGUGCCAUUAAAUAAUUCAACCAGUGCUCCAAGGUUUGGAACAGUUACUCCAAAUCGCAUCUUUGUAGGUGGAAUUGAUUUUAAGACUAAUGAAAAUGACCUGAGGAAGUUUUUUGCUCAGUAUGGCUGUGUGAGAGAGGUGAAGAUAGUAAAUGACAGAGCUGGAAUAUCAAAGGGGUAUGGCUUCAUUACUUUUGAAACUCAGGAAGAUGCACAGAAGAUACUACAAGAGGCUAAAAAGCUUAGUUACAAGGAUAAGAAGUUGAAUAUUGGUCCAGCAAUAAGAAAACAACAAAUACGGAUUCCUCGUUCUACUGUAAUACCAGAAUCUGGUACAAUGUACUUGACUACUUCAAGUGGAUAUCCUUAUAUUUACCAUAAUGGAAUGGCUUAUUUUCAUACUCCUGAAGUUGCUUCUGUUCCACAGCCAUGGCCUUCACGCUCUGUGUCCAGCUCACCUAUGAUGGUAGCUCAACCAGUUUAUCAGCCUCCUACUUACCAUUAUCAGGCACCAACACAGUGUCUUCCAGGUCAGUGGCAGUGGUCUGUUCCACAGUCUCCUGCUUCUUCACCUUCGUUCUUUUAUGUGCACCCUUCCGAAGUCAUUUAUCAGCCAGUAGGGAUUGCCCAGGAAGGUGGUUGUGUACCUCCUCCUUUCCUUCUAGUGGAAGCUGCAGUUCCAGAGCCAUAUUCUGAUCAUGGAGUUCAAGCACCCCAUCACCAGCCUUACGCCCAGAGUGCCAUAGCCAUGCCUGCACCUGUGAGUCAAAUUAAGCCAGUUAAAACACUAUGGAGCAUUCACUAUUAA